AUGAAAAUUAUCCUAGUAAAUAAAUAUUGUUAUAUUGUUUUUAGUGACAAUGGUGCUAAUAUGAAAAAGGGAGUUGACGAUGCAUCUUUAGAUAGCUUUGGUUGUUUUUUGCACACAAUUCAUCUCAUUGUAACAGAGUCUAUGAAAAGUCAGAAAUCUGUACAAGAUCUAUUAGGUCGUGCCAGAAGAGUUUCUACUCAUUUCCAUCACUCAUCAUCAGCUACUGAUAGACUGAAAUCAAUACAAAUUGGACUAGGAGUUCAACAUAAAAAGGUUAUUCAAGAUAUUUGCACUAGGUGGAAUUCUAGUUUUUACAUGCUAGAGCGUUUGUUUAAUUUAAAACAUGCCAUUUUAAUAUUCACAUCUGAGGUUCCAUCAAGUCUACCAUCAUUUAAAGCAAAUGAUUGGACAGUAAUGGAGUCAUUAUUGAAUUUAUUAAGACCAUUCGAAGAGCUCACAAAACGCAUAUAA